CUGACCCCGAACUCUUUCGGCUGAUGAAGAACGCCUAUAAGUGAAUGGUUUGCAUUAAUAGACAGCAGGCAUCACGUUUUUCAUGACAGCAGUACAACAGGCACAUCGUUCUUGAGCCAUGAAUUGAGCAGGCUAGCUGCGGGGCCCUUUCGACCCGAUAUUGGACCACACUGUACGUGUCUUAAGCUGCCCUUGGUCAAGCCUCAGAAUCUCCAAUGUUCGACAUGGAACAUGACCACUCAGACGCGUCUUAUACGAGUACGAAAUCAUUAUCACCUGAUUCUGGGUCAGGGUCAUCGCACGCUGAUGCUUCGAACCGUGCAAAAGGUGGAUUAGAAGAAGCUACAUUGAACGGACGCAUGGUGACUUUCUACGAGAAUGACAACAACCGCAACCACAAUGAUAAUACAACGCCCACCGAACCCAUACUCCGCGAUGCGGUUCUCGAAACCGACCACUUCUCUGGGACAGCGGCGGGGUCUGCAAGACCAAAGGAAUCGGAUGUACAAGGACCCAUACAGCUAGGAAGCGACCACAACUCCGCGAGCGACCAUAUCCCUAGAGAGCCAGAUGCCGAUGAUCCCGGCCGUGACUCCCGGCCAAGGGACUCAAGCUCGGCCACGAACCACAACCUCAUCAACAAUCCCCCAAAUCUUGCACGGAUACGCCAAGUAAUGUUCGAGUGCAAGGAUCCCAUAGAGAUCAGCCUGGAGGAAUUUGAGACUUAUUGGCCGUUCAUCGACAAUGUAUGGGUCAAACAGAGGUCUAAUUCCAGCAAAGAAGGGCAUUGCACUACGGACUAUUAUAUGUGUCGACUGCGACGCCCCACUCAUCGUACGUCAGAAACUCGGCCUCUUCCUGAAGGCAAACGCCCUCGAAAGAAGAGGGUGCGGGAGGGUGGUAUCUGCAACUUCCAAAUCAAAGUUGUCAAAUUUGAAGGAGCAUAUUCGACGGUGACAAUUGCGAGGACUCCAGGGAGCAGUCAGGUACAUUCGCAUGAUCUCGAUUAUAUUGACCGAGUGAAGCGAAAUUCUGGACUAAUGGAGUUUGCGCGGAGGGAAGCAGUCAAGGGCUAUUUGCCUUCCUCGAUCUUCACGAAGUUCCAGGAAGAACCUGAAAAGCUAAUUGAAGCUGGGGGGAAAUUCUGUACAGUGACGGACGUGCGCAACGUCUCGGCGAAGUGGAGGAUACAGAACCCCGACGUUAAACUUGUGGCGCAUGAAGGCUAUGAAUAUCACAAGGGUCAUGGCAUUGUGAGGAUGCGAGCGGCUGAUGGUAUCAGCAAUACCUUUAUAGAAUUUCUUGAGCCUUAUCUUCCAAAGCACAAUGAUCGACGCCAGUUCCCUCAUGUCACCCUAUCCUAUGCAUCGUCGAUGGACUCUAAGAUAUCACUCCUUCCAGGCAUGCAGACUGUUCUAUCUGGACCAGAGGCCAAACUGAUGACCCACUAUCUCAGAUCACGCCAUGACGCGAUCCUCAUUGGAGUUGGAACAGUGCUUGCAGACAACCCCGGGCUAAACUGUAGGCUGGAAGGUGCAGGCGGGUUCGGUGGCCUUGGAAGGAUGUGGCAACCGCGGCCAGUGGUAGUCGAUCCCACAGGACGAUGGCCCGUACAUCCAGACUGCCGAAUGCUAAGGACUGCAGUAGAAGGGAAAGGCAAGGCGCCGUGGGUAGUGGUAUCUCCGGGGGCCAGGAUUGACCCGCAGAAGUUGAUGAUGCUGAAAGGCUACGGGGGUGAUUACCUCCGUAUCAUGGAGUACAAUCAAAACUGGCGGCUGCGCUGGGAAGCCAUACUACGUGCGCUGGCAUCUGAGGGGAUCAAAAGCGUCAUGAUCGAAGGCGGCGGGACCGUUUUGAGUGAGCUUUUGAACCCCGAAUACACCGAAUUCAUUGAUACUAUCAUUGUUACUGUCGCCCCAACCUAUCUUGGUUCUGGUGGAGUAAGUGUGAGCCCAGAUUCCAAGCGGGGUCAAGAAGGCAAGCCAAACGCGGCUCUGAACCCUAGGGAUGUGAAAUGGACGCCCCUGGGUCAGAACGUUAUAAUGUGUGGGAGAAUACGGGUUGCGCCCCCUGCAGAGUCCCCUGCUACCAAUGUCGAGUCGUAAAACAUACCAUUGUUGUUGAGAACAGAAGGUAUGCCCAAAACCCAAGGUGGCUGUCAGCGGAGUCACGAUGAAUGUUCUACAGUAACAGUCGCGAGGAUUGCCUUCUGCAACACAUGGCAGCUUGGCGAGAGAUAGCAGCCCCUACUAGUAGUAGUCAAGAAUGUCCGAGCAAUGGAAGGGGUUGAGCUCCCGGAGAGAACCAACUUCAUGCAGGCGUUUUUAGGCCGGUACUACAGUCUAUUACAUACUUCAGGGCACAAAGAUAGACGAA